AUGACGAAUGCCGCUCGUCGAACAGCUCUUUUUGCGUCGAAAACUCGAACGCGACCUAAAUUGACGAAAAUUGAUGCGAGUGAAUUGAACACAUUAGAAACACUGAAAGAAAUGUACAACAUCCUCACCGAGAAAAUUUUGAUGCUGAACAUUUACUUCUCGGAAAUAGAACCAAAGAAAAUCACAAAAAUGUACGAGACAGUCGCUAAUUAUAUCACUCAAGAAGAGCUCGUCAGCUUUGUCGAAUACCGCCUCGGCAACGCUAAACCAAAGAAGAAGAAAAUCGUUUUGAAAUCAAAUUUCUUCAUUGUAAGGUCUGUCUCAAAUAACUCAAAACACGUGUUUUACUUGAACCACCCAACACUUUUUAUGGAAGGCGAUGCCACGUUGACAGUCAACAGUCUCUUCCACAUCAAGUUCAAAGGCAAAGAAGAACGAGACAAGUGGGAGGGUCAACUCUCAUCGAUGACGAUUUGGGUGGAGUCGAUACCACGAACAGUAAUCAGUCAAACGAAUGGGAUUGCCAACUUAAAGAAGAUGGACAUCAAGUCGAAAGUUGCACACCCGUUACUGGUAAAGAAGGUGAAAGGACUUAUUGAGCCACAAAAAGAGAGUUUGAAGCCAAAGAGCAAAAUAGGCAAGAAAGAGGACAACGGUAUAGAAAAGGAAACGUUUGUGCCAUUCUUUGGAAUGCAACUCGAAAAGUACGGGGAAGUCUACCACACUGAUUUGUACCCACGACCAAUUAAAGAAGUGUUGGACUAUUUAAAGAAACACGCGACAAAGACGGAUGGUAUUCUGAGACUUUGUGGGAGUCAAGAAAAGAUGAAGUGGAUGAAGGAAAGACUGCAGUUUGGAGACACGUCGUUUUUAGAGGGCUCUGAUGUGUAUACACUCGCCAGCUGCUUGAAACAGUAUAUCAGAGACUUUCCUUCAGCAGUUGUGAAUAGAAGUGUGGACGACGAAUUUACGAAGUUGUAUAAAGGUUUGUUCCUGUUCGUGAAAGACGAGUUAAAGGAAGAAGAGGUGGUUGAAAGAUACUUGAAAAUUUUUCAAGAACUUCCACAGAUAGUGAAGGGGUUUAUAAGAGACUUGGUUGAGUUUAUGUAUAUGGUGUUGUGUAAUUCGACGAUCAAUCGAAUGAAUAACACUAAUAUAUUUGUCUGUUUGGGACCGGGCUUGAGAGGAUCCCCAUUUUGUUAUAAUUUUGCGAUGAAUCAUUUUUUCAUUGUUUUUGGAGAUAAGGAAAGCCUUGAAACACAACAAAAGGAAUUCAAAGAAGAACAAAUCGAAACUCAAUUAAUUGAAAAGGUCGCAGAGACCAAAACGAAUUCAACGAAAGAAGAACUAAAUGAGAGCAAGAAAGAAGAAACACCGAAGAGAUCCCCUAUUGUUAUUCACCUUUCUGUGGAUAGAACGGGAAAAAUAGAAAACAACAAAGUCACUAAAAAUGAAAUAAAAAAAGUAGUGGAUAUUAAAAACGAAACUAAAGGCGGUACACUAGACGGUGGACAACAUACAAAAACUUUUGAAACGAAAGAAAACGCAACAAAAGAAACAGACGAUAAAGAAAAAACAAACAAAGAGGAACAAAACAUCAAUUCUCUCUUAUCACUUCUUGGAGCCGAUAUUCCUAAAGAAGAAAAUUUUAUUCAAAAUGAAGAUAAAGAGAAGAGUGUGCAACCUAAGCCAACUCAAUGA